AUGUUGGGACUUCUGGGUCACACUGCCCGCGUCACUGCGAGAUCAUCGCUGAGGAAGACCGCUGCACCAAAAAUCGGGAGCUUUAGAGCUUUCAGUGGGGCCAAAUCAGUGCUAAAUGAGAAAAAAAAUGAACAGAAGACACACUCGAUUCUCACAGAAGAUCUACUGGCCAAGGCUGGUCUGGAUGUCGAAGAGGGUAAGCAACAGAGUGAAAAGUCUCAGGACCAGAAGAAUGCGGAAACGGAGGAGCCCCAGGGCCGUGACGGCUCGGGAAAACGCAAAAGAAAGAGACAAACCUCGACAGACAUCAAACGCGAGCGUUACGCAAACUGGUUUUAUAUUGGGUCUUUUGCCGCUCUCACGGGUGCGGCUGGGUACCUGGCUCGCGAUUGGGAGGCUGACGAACCCGAAGAAUUGAAAAAAGAAGCUGGCAACGGUUACACGCCCGAACUAAUGUACAGACGGUUGAAGUUGCGUUUCAAUUCCAUUUUCUCGUAUUUCCAAGAACCCCCUUUCCCGGAUUUGCUUCCCCCACCUCCACCUCCUCCAUACCAAAGACCUCUGACACUCGUGUUGAGUCUGGAGGAUCUUUUGGUUCACUCGGAGUGGACUAAGGAACAUGGCUGGAGAACAGCCAAGAGACCUGGUGUGGACUACUUUUUGGGCUAUUUAUCGCAAUACUACGAAAUUGUACUGUUUUCUUCCAACUACAUGAUGUACGCGGACAAAGUGGCCGAGAAAUUGGACCCCAUCCACGCCUUUAUCACUUACAACUUGUACAAGGAGCAUUGUUUGUACAAGGAUGGCGUUCAUGUCAAGGAUUUGUCUAAGCUAAACCGUGAUCUUGGCAAAGUCAUCAUUGUCGAUUGUGAUCCUAACUCUUACAAGCUGCAACCCGAAAAUGCCGUGCCCAUGAAGCCCUGGGACGGCAAAGCUGACGACGGUUUAUUGAAAAUGAUCCCCUUUUUGGAAUAUCUGGCCACCCAGCAGAUGAAUGAUGUCAGACCUGUGUUGAACAGCUACAACGACAAGUACCAGAUUCCAGAGGAGUUUGAACGCCGUGUCGCUGUGCUCAAGAGCAAGUUUUACAAAGAGCAGGAGGCCAAAGCCAACGGCAAUUGGGCGCUCAAGGCCCUCGGAGCCGGUGCUCUCGGUUCCGCGAAGCCCAAAUUCCCACUAGAUCUUCUCAGAGAGGAGGGUGAGAAGAACUACGUUCGUUUCAUGCAGCUGAUUGAGGAAGAGAAAGAAAAGAUAAGACUCCAGCAGGAGCAGAUGGGUGGUCAGACCUUCACGCUCAAGGACUACGUCGAGGGCAACUUGCCAUCGCCAGAGGAGCAGAUGCAGAUGCAAAUGCAAAAACAGAAGGAGUUCGAAGCUCAGUAUGAACAAAACAAGGCUGCCGAUCAAUCAGGCCAAACGAAAUAA